AUGUUAAGUACAUGCGAGCUAAACGCAAUUCGUUAUCGUCGUCAAGUUGCAAACGAUGGACUGAUAAAUCCAAAUUUUAAACCGGGCACGGGUUCAGUGUUUCAAGGAUCAAAUAAUAAUAAAAAUAUAGUUGACCAACAAUAUCCACCGCCAUCUGGUUACAUCAGUAAUAUAAAUUAUGAUAAUCAGAAGCAACAAUAUUUUGACAAUAAUAAUCAACAACAGCCUCCAAUAUACAAUAAUCAACUGCAACAGGCUUCUCUUAAUAAUCCUCUUCAGAAUUAUAAUCAACAACAGCCUCCAAUAUACAAUAAUCAACAGCAACAGUCUUCUCUUAAUAAUCCUCCUCAGAAUUUUGGACCUGUUCAACAGGACCAAUACCUUAAUCUGCCCACUGAUCGUCGUCCCCAACAGAAGCAACAAUUAUCAAGAGAUGGUAAUUUUCAACCAGAUCCUCAACAACGAAUUAAUCAACAGCAACUACCUAGCUACCAAAAUUACCCCCAACAAGGUCAACAACAGCAGCAACAACAAUUUCCUGGUCCCUCGCAAUCACGACUUAUUAAUCAACAAGAACCAUUGAAUGCUAAUCAACAACAAGUUCCAAAAGUGAUAAACAAUCAACAAGUGCCGAAUUUUAAUCCAAACGUUCAGAACUUCCCUCAAAAUCCUGUAAAUAAACAACAAUCACAACAAUUGCAGCAAAACUAUCCAAGUGAUGGUAUACAAACGAACAAUCAACAACAACAACAACGAGUUCCACCUAUUUAUACUGAUUCACAAAAUUUUCCUCUACAACAACAACCACCUCCUCAAAAUGAUCGAUCGAAUCCAGGCUAUCAACCUUCAAACGUCGAUAACAAGGGAGGGAAUGUGUUUGCAAAAAGUAAAGGAAUCUAUCGAUCUGGCAAUUUUCAACCAUCACCAUUGGUUUCAAAUGGGUGGUUUAAUACUAAUAACGAGAAAUGGCUUUUGAGUAAUGGAUACUUCGUGGGUGAUAGUCAAGGUCCAAUGAGUUUAAUGGACAAAACAAAAAAUGUUGGUUCAACUGGUGGCCAAUUAAUAAUGUCAAAAUUGGCAAAAACUUUUCUUAGCAAAGGAGAAAAAACUUAUCCAAAAUAUGCGACUUCAAAAGGGCGUGGAUCGGCUUGUAUAAAUUCAGAUAAUUUUGAUGGUUUUACUUAUGGAUCUUUUCCUUGUCCAUUAUCGGAUACUGAUUCGAAUGCCAUAUUUUGUUGCGGUCCAAAAAAUCGUCAAUAUUGCUGUAAUACACAAGAAUAUAGUGCUGAACAACGCUAUCGUAUUGAUGGACGUUCAGCAAAAGCUGUAAAAGUAAACAGAUCCAAAACAGUCGCUUUGGCUACCGUGCUACCAAUACUCGCCGUAUUACUGAUUAUUGGCAUUGGUACAGUUGUUAUUAUGAAAUAUUUGAGAUCGAAUAGGGCUAAAACAUAUGGUCGAUACAACACCCAUACAGGUUCUUCAUCGUCUCAUAAAUCGGAUCAAAGUCAGCCAUUAAAUGCAGCCAAUGCAUUUCCAGAGUAUGAACGGCAACCAGACGCCCCGUGA